UUUCGGUUGUUCGGUCCACUUGACAGUCGACAGUCGGAAUUACGUUAAGGGUGAACUCGUGCUUUCUCUCAUUGAGAGACAACGCAAGGAUGCGACGAUUGGUCCGAUCCUGAGAAUUCCAUCCGUAGAAUUUCGUUUCUCUUAUAUUUUCUCUUUCCGAGUAGGGAUUUUCGAGUGAACAACGAUCGCGAUCCAGGAAAAACCAGUGAUAAAACAUUAAAAGAAAGAGAACACAUCGCGUGAAACACAUUCGUUAAAAAUACUUCAAGAGUUAUCGUUCCAAUUUUCGUAUCCUUGUUUAUUCUCUUGAAAAAAAAGAAAGGACUUGUUGGUUGUUUGUUAUUGUAAAAUGAAUGCAACGUGAUUCGCAACUCCUGUGCAUAUUAUCGUAUCCCGAAUCCGUUAUUUUUGUGUCAACGCGUUAUUGUUUUCAUUCGAAAGAGAAGGAACGAAGAAAAAUGACUGCCGCGUCGCACGUUUUCGUCCUGGUCCUUUAUCUACUUUGUCAAGCUGAACGUUCGCAUGCAAUAUCUAGCAGAAGUAACAGCCAGGUUCUUCUUGGAGAAGUUGACAUCGCAAUUAAAGAUGAUCACUUAGGUGUCACUGAAAUCACCACAGAGGAGCCUUAUUUGACAAAAUGUAUCGUCGACGGAAACGCCUAUUCGCACAGUCAAACGAUACCGUCGCAAGACGUAAAUUCUCAUUGCCUGUGCGUCGCCGGUGAGGUUUAUUGCUGGUGGCAAAAUUAUAAUCCGAGUACCGAUUCUUCGAUGGGAGGUGGUGGUGGUGGUGGUUCUGCUUCGUCAUUAUCAACGACGACGACAGGAAGUAAUUACACUCCCAUGUUGGAAUUGAGCACGGACACUGCCGAUAGUUCUGAAGCUUCCGGUGAUCGGGUUGAUAUAAAUUCGACCUACUCGACUACGACACCGUCUGGUCCAACGACGUGCCUCGUCAUGGGUAGGGAGUAUCGGGAGGGUGAGGUACUGCCACAUUCGACCGGAAACUGCGUAGAAUGCAGCUGUGGUUCGGAAGGUCGAGUCGAAUGUUCUCCUCGAGAUUGCGUACCUUUAAGGCCCGAGAUACCGGUUGCACCGGAUAUACCUGAACCACCCGGUGCUGAUUUCGAAGUUUUUGAUUUGGCACGAGACCGAGGCAUCGAUGAGGGAUUUUAAUAAGCUUUCUUUCACUUCAUAAUUUCUUUUUUCUUUCUUUCUAUUAUUUCGUCGCGUUUGAUGCAACGAUAUUCCUCCGUUUCGAACAAUGAACAACGAUAUUAUUAUCUUAUUUGAUUGCAUUUCCCUAAUAGAUCAUAUAGAUAACUAUGAGUUUAGGGUCAAGUCAGAAUUCGGCCGCACCUUCUCUCAAUCGCGAGAACGUGCCUUCUUUUUAUUUCUUUCCAUUUGUUGUUUCUGUUUUUUUUUUUAUUCAUCUCAAAAAGAAUAUUCUUUACGUAGUGCUUAUUUCUAUAUCACCUAUUAUUUAUCAUUAUUAUUAUUUUUAUAGUCGAUCAUGCCUAAUGUUUACUUUUGGAAGAAAGUGUUUGACAAAAAGAUUUUUAAAAAAAAGAUACCGAAAAUAGUACGAACAGAGGAACGUGUUUCCAUUAUUUUGCAUGGAAGGAGCUUUUCUCCUUUCCAAAUACACGAGACUUUCGGUAUGGUUUAGUCAUUUUUUCGAGGGAUGUUUCCUGAUUAAAAUAGGAAAAAUUUCUUCUGUAGGGAACGGCCUAUGAAUGUAAUAAGAAAAAAAAAAAAAAAGAAAAAGAAACAAUGUAGGAAAUUCGGCCUACAUGAUAUUAAUCAAGAAUAAAUUUCAUGCAGUAGUCAAAUAGAUUAUACGCCACUACUACGUGCAUACAAGUUGACAUAAUUCUCAUCCUUAUGGAUUGUGCAUUUAUCUUUGUCUACUAUUCGAAUUGUCAUACCUUAGACAUUUUCUAGUUCUAGACAUAUCGUGACUAUAUCUUCCUAUUAGUUGGUUCAAAACAAAUCAUAUCCUAUUCAUAUCUUAUUCAUAUUCUAGUCAUAUUCUAGUUAUAUUCAUAGAUCACGCGAUCAUUUUUACUGUAUCGUAUUUCCCUUGCCCGGGAUGAGUGUAAAAAUUUAUCGAAUAAUUCAAUUAAGAUACACACACACACAUACACACAGGCUAUAUUAUAUAUAUAUGUAUUAUUAAGUCCAACGAAAACAGUAUUAUAUAUUUUUAUAUAUCUAGUUUUUAUUUUUUAAGUUAAAUUUUUCAUCCGAUAUGUUUCUUCGUUAAAUGCUAUAGUAAUCUUCUAUCUUAUUUAGAUGUAAAUACUCUACAUAUGUUUUUCUAGUCGGUAUCUCUUCGGUAUUAUUAUCAUUGAUCCGCGUAAUCAUUUUGGUCUUAUAAUCUUCAAGUUGUCCACUUAUUUCGAAAUCUUUGUGAUAACGUUUAUCAUAAAAUGCAAUAAUCUGUGCUUAGUAAAUAAGUUAUGUUAUUUUUCUUGCUUUGCAAGUCAACUACGAUUCGAAGAAUAUUUUAGGGACACCCUGUAUAUAUAUAUAAAACCGUAUAUAGACAUACAUACAUAAUAGGAACGCAUACCACUAUACAAGGAACCAAAUAUUAAGAUAACGACCUAUACAUUAUAUAUAUAUUAUAUAUACCUAUACAAAAAUAUAUGUAUAUAUAAAUAUUUACGAAUAAAUAGGAAUAGAGAGAAUUUUAGUUGGAUAGAAUUUGGAUGUCAUAUACUUUUUACAAAUGCGUUUCUAGGGCAUUUCUUUUGACUAUUCCAAAGGCAGUUUCGAUUGACCACGUUAAGGAUUACUAUAUUCAAAAAGUCCCUAUUCUGUAAAGAUUAUUUAUUUAGAAGCAGCAAUGAAAAUCGUUUGUUCAAACCUUCAACAGUUAAAAGGCACAAGAAAUGUUCUCCAGCACGCGUAUACGCGCGUGCUUUCGUAUCUAAAAUACAAUUAAAUAGAGUUUAAUCGUAUGACAAAGUUAGCAGACUAUGUGUUAGAGAAGUUAAUUACGAAAGAAAGUGACAGAAAAGGGGCUAUAAUUAGGUAAUAUAUUUAGGAACGACGGGAGAGAACAUUACCUAUAGUUAGUCGUAUUAUUAGGUAGACUCCAAUGUGAUAUAUACACGCAAAAGAUAACUUUGUCUAAAAGUUUACAAUACUUUUGAAAGGCUUGACUUUUCAUCAGGGUCGUUAGUAUGAACUUAGUAACGUGGCGUAAUGUUAAAUAAAACCAACGAAAAGAAUUUCUUUUCGCGUGAAAUUUCGGCCACGUUGUAUUUCCUAUUAAAACGAUAAAUAUUAUCCUUUGAGAUCUUGUAUUCGGUUAUCUAACAUAAGAGCUUCCAAAUAUCUCGUGGAGAAUUAUCCGAUUUCGAUAAUAACGACGCUAAAAAUAAAACAUUUUCCUUUUAAUCGUACAGAAUGAACGAAUUAACGUAAGCGCAUAAUAUAUCCCAUGCAUGCAACGAAUUAAAUUGUCACAUUACGAUAUUUGAUUAAUUUUUUUGUUGUUAGAUGAAUUUAACUCCACGUUGUUACUUGUCACACCCAUUGCGUUUUCAAUCUUUAUUAUCUUGCGAAAAAUCGGCUAGGAUGCCACAAAUAUUAGACAAUCCAUAAUAUUUCUUACCCCUCGGUGACUCGAUGAGAGGACGAGGAUUGCAAAAACAGAAGAGAAAAGGAAAGAUACAUGUAGUUGAUAGAUUUGUAAAAUAAAUUUAGUUGCGAAUCGCGGUGACGUGCCACGGGACCAUCACGAAGGAACGAAGGGAACGAAGAAACGAAGGAUAUUCAAGCGGAUUGAUUUUUCGUUAGUUUUUUAUAUUUAAGUAACGAUCUCGUACGUCUUCCAACUAUCCCACACACAGUUAUGUCUAUCUUAACGUUCGUGGGAUCUCCUGUCUUCUCAAAAACGAUUGUUAUUCGAAUAAAGGAGGAUCUUACGAUUAAUA